UUACUGGAAGAGAUCCUCCUAUCUCGCCUGAUCCGUCAAGGCACUGUGGACGCCAUGUUCAAGAAACAGGAUGUGGACGAGACGAGUGACAACUUGGACAGGUUCGAUGUCACUCGGAUCACGGACAUGGUCAGGAGAAACGAAGGGUGGUGGGCCUUGCUGAGACGGUUCGCUGGAUGGAAAGAUAAGGCCUAUCGUUUCAUCUCUGGGGUGUCAGAGGCAGUCGUGGAGCAGCUGGAUGGUGCGGUGGACAAGUACUACGACAGUAUCUACCACCUUGGACAGCUGAGUUCGCACCGUGACGAGGUGGAAAAGUCUAGGGAGAUGGUGCAAUGCAAGCGGGUCGAGCUGGAUCGGGAGGAGAGGGAGCUGGAUGAGGCAGAGGAGUUCAACCACCAGCUUCACAGUAUAGUGGAGGACAUGCUUCAAGAGGACUCUACAGCUAUGAAUCGGGCAAAGGCCAGGUACGACGAGCUUCCCCCAAUCCCACCCCCCAACAACAUCAGGGACACACAGGGUUAUGCAUUGGAGCGGAUGAUGGCGUCUCCUUUGCCACCUGUUAUGGCAUCGUCGUUGGAUACUACAUCUUCCCCCCCUUCCCAUAAUUCUGGCCAUGAUGAUUCUCUCCCUUCCUUGGUGCCCCACAGUGACGUCAACCUAUUCCUGGAUGACCUUCAGUUCCAAAUGCGAAUAAUGUUUGAAAAGGAUUUGCCCAACUAUGAUUGCUGGAACAAGGCCCACCGAAUGAAGGAUUUCCUCUUCCAGAUGGUGCAGGAUCCCUUGAUAUCUAGUGCCAUCAUGGAUGGCAAAGUCACUGCCGAGGACAUGACGAGCUUGGCCAGCAUCCCCCCACCAGCACAACCCACGUCGUCAUCAUCAUCACCACAAACAACCCCUGAACGAUCCUCAAGGAAGAGAAGACGGUCAUCGUCCGCUUGUCCAACCUCGAAGAAACUCAGAAGGGCCUCUGACCAAAUCGAUGACAGGGCAGUCGUGCUGAGACCCGAUCGCUGGCGUCAAGUGGCAAGUCGAGCACUCAAGGUACUGCUCCAGUGGGAACACAGCAGGAUGACUGCGAUGAGGAUGCGACAGAGGAUCCAUCCUUGGAUGAGCCAGAUGCUGCUGGAGGAAUUACCUGAUGCUGCUCUUCCUCCCUUGGAUGCAUGCCAGGAGGAUACACGUAUGUUAGACGAUCUGUACUCUCAAUGCCCGCUGAAAGAGCUGCUCUCUGAUGGGUGGGAGUGGGAUGCUGAUUCGAUGCCAGAAGACCUGUGGAUGGGACAGGAUGGACCGAGUGGGGGUGUGACGGUAGUAGAAUCACAGGGUGUUGGAUAUGAACAGCAAACAUCGCAACGCGCUCAAGUGCCUGGUACUAGCAGCAACCACACUUCCCAGUUGGACCAUCUGCUGGGGACCCCUGAUAACAUGAUGCUGAAUCGUUACAUAGGAUAUCAAUAUUGGAGCCAGGAAUGGCAGAAUGAAUAG